UACCCGCUCCCACUUCCGCUGCAAUCGCCUAGGUGAUCGGAAGCGGAAGUUGUCCUCCUCCCCUUCCUCUCCGUAGUCUUCUGGAACAUGUGACAGGUCCCAGAAGACUAUGGGGCCAUUCACAAAGCGCAGCACUUCUCGCACAUGUGCAGUGGGCACCCGGGGGACCUAGUUUUGACAGAUACCCACUCCCUCUUUCGCUCAGAUUGCCAAGGUGAUUUGAGCGGAAGUUCUCCUCCCCCCUCCCUCCUAGCAGUAUUCUGGGACAUGUCACAGGUCCCAGAAAACUGCGGGACCAUUCGCAAAGUGCAGCGCAGCUCGCUUAUGUGCAGUGUACAGCUGGCUAUGAAGUCAAAAGCAACAUACAGUAUCUGCUUGCUCAAAGUUAGGAUG